GGGGUGCGCGGCCCGGGGACCCGGGUUCCUCGGGGGCGGGGGGCCUCUUCCUGGCCUGCCGCAAUCCCUAGGACGCACCCCCCCCAGAACGUCAGUGCUUCACUGCCGGGCCCGAGGCAGGGGAUCCCCAAUCACUAGUCCCCCACAAGAUCACUCCAGAUAUAUCCCCCAUGGACGCCCCCCUCACCGUGGGCUGGCUACCAACGCGUUUUCAUUCGUAAUGAACCUCUCAAGAGCCAGGGCCCCCCACGGAUCCUUUUCCUAUAGCCUCGUCAGCUUCCUUCACGAGACCCUCCCCAAGCCAUCAGCAUUGCUAUGCUUGCAGGGCAGCUGCCCAUGAGCCCUAGGUCCCUAUCUCCUGUACGAUUGUCUCCAGGGGGUGUUGCAUUAGUACUUUGUGACAAGAGUUGCCCCCCACCAUGUCUGACCACACACAACCCAUCCCCAAUGCCUUUGUGGGUGCAAAAAUAUUUUCUAUUCUGGCCUAUGCCAAGAUUGCUUUUUAAAAACCCUUCCUGCAACCCCCUCAAAAAGACCCCAUCAGUGAAACAGCUCCUUCCAGAGUCCUUUUCCCCAUUAGGAAGAGACAUCUGCCUGCUUAGCAUCAGGUUCUCAUGAAACACUCCCGCCCCACUUCCCUCCCUCCCCUCACCCUGGCCUCUGCUUUCCCAGAACAAUGCAAGUUAGCAGAGAAUGUUCCUCUAUGGAGCAUCAACAGCUCUUGUCCCCAUCUUUAGCCAAGUCUCGUGAUAUUGUCCUAAACUUCCUAGGAAAGACCCUGGCGCUGCUUGCAUCCUUCCCCAUACGUUCUUACUCUUUACUGAAUGAAUCCCACCGUUCUAGGCCCACGCCAUGCAGUUGUGAAGGGGAGAGGCGCAACUAACCCUCAUUUUCCGGGGGUUUGCAGCCUAGUUGAGAGGCAGAUCAGAAACAAACAGUGCUGCUCUUUGGGUUUUCUGAGAGUCUGGUGAGCUAUGCCCGGAGGUGAAUGCUGAAACAGAAGAUUUAAUAAUCGUGCCAUUCAAAGAUCUGGGGGAACAGCUGGUGCAGAAUUCCGGAGGUAACAGUGAGUGUGGAAGAGCAGCAGUGAGCUUGGAGCAGAAUCGAAGGAGAGAAGGCUUGAUCCCAAAGAGCCUGGAGAUAAAUUGCCUGGCUUUUGUCUGCUCUACCAAGCUCCUAAGAUUCUUCCUGCAUCCACUUGUUCCUUAUUGACUCAUAAACACUUUCAUCACCUGUUUAAUGAGCAUCUACUUCCUACAGAGAAUAAAAUGGGCAAAGAUUCCUGUCCACAUAGAGUGGCUAUGCUAGUUGAGAAGGUGGACAUUAGAAAUCAAUCUACCUGGGGUUGGUGGACAUAGUUCAAUCAGUAAAGUGUUUGAUUCUGAAUUCAGAGUCUCAGCAUUUACAUUAAAGAAAAAAAUGGGCAUAGUGGCACAUGUCUGUAAUCCUGGCACUGGGGAAGUGGAGACGAGGGGAUUCCUGGAGCCCACUGACUAAUUCCAGAUUUAAUGAAAGACUGUCUCAAAGAAGGAGAGGAGAACAGUUGAGGAGGCCAAACAAUGUUGGCCUGGGUCUCCACACCCUCACAUGCAAACAUAUACCACACACAAAAUGAAAAUAAGCAUGUGGACAGAGUUACAGGGGCUGGCUGUUACUAAGACCACAUGCGGGCUCUCAUUCCAUCUUGCUCCUCAGGAACAGACAGUUUGGUCCUAGACUGCUGUGGCUACCGUGGGGCUGCUUUGACAGCGCCUCACCUUGCAGGUGAAGUGGUUAAGAGCAUGGGCUGUGGAUUUAACUAGACUUGAGUCUUCUCACCCUGUGUGCUGGCCUCAUUCCUUUGCUUCUUCAGUAAUAUUUUCAAGCCACCAGUGAGAUGGCUCAGUGGGUAAAAGCUCUUGCUCCCAAGCCUGAUGACCUGAGUUCAGCUCCCAAAACCCGCAUGGUGGAAGGGGAGUGCUGACUCCUGUAAGUUAUCCUCUGACCUCCACAUGUUCACACACACAAGAAAUAAAUGUAACACGUUUUUUGUUUUUGUUUUUAUUUAAUUAUUAGCAAGCUAGGUACUGUCCCAGGUCCUGAGGACAGAGUUCAGAGCAAAGCAUUUAAAAAUCUUGUUUCUGCGGCUGUGGAGAUGGCUUAGUGGUUAAACCACUUGCCACAAAAGCAUAAGGAUCAGAGUUCGGAUCCCCAGAACCCAUCUGAAUGCCAGUGAGUUGGAAUUACAGUUGGGACUGUAAUUCUAGUCUCUGAAGGCAGAAAUAGGAUCUCCAGAGCAGUCUGGCUAAUGACUGAGUGGAAGAGAGAUGGAGGAUCAUUCCUAGCAUCCAGUCUCUACAUGCAUACAUGUGGCUACACAUGUGAAAAUGGAAAAAGAAAAUCUUGGCAUCAGAGAGUGAUCAAAAACCCAGUCAGGAAAGCAAAACGUGCGGGUCUCCCUUCUCUCCACCGGCCAGAGAUGGAGGCAAACCAGGCAGGCAGCGGUGCCGGGGGUGGCGGGAGCAGCGGCAUCGGGGGCGAGGACGGGGUCCACUUCCAGAGUUACCCCUUUGACUUCCUGGAAUUCCUCAACCACCAGCGCUUUGAGCCCAUGGAACUGUACGGGGAGCAUGCCAAAGCAGUGGCGGCCCUGCCCUGCACCCCGGGGCCCCCGCCCCAGCCCCCACCCCAGCCUCCUCCGCCUCAGUAUGACUACCCACCCCAGUCCAGUUUCAAACCCAAGGCAGAGGCUCCGUCCUCAUCCUCCUCGUCAUCAUCUUCCUCCUCAUCUUCCUCAUCUUCAUCUUCUUCAUCCUCUUCCCAAGCCAAGAAGCUGGAUCCGCCAUUGCCGCCCACCUUCGGGGCGCCACCCCCUCCGCUCUUUGAUGCUGCCUUCCCUGCCCCGCAAUGGGGAAUUGUCGACCUGUCUGGGCACCAGCACCUGUUCGGAAAUCUGAAACGAGGAGGGCCCACGCCUGGGCCUGGGGUGACAUCGGGUCUGGGUACUCCCACCGGGACCCCUGGGCCACUUCCCACACCCACGCAGACCCCACCUGGGCCUACGGUCGGGGCGGCCUGCGACCCAACCAAGGACGAUAAGGGCUACUUCCGAAGGCUGAAGUACCUGAUGGAGCGUCGCUUCCCAUGCGGUGUGUGCCAGAAGUCCUUCAAACAGUCCUCACAUCUGGUCCAGCACAUGCUGGUGCACUCUGGGGAGCGACCAUACGAAUGCGGUGUCUGUGGCCGCACCUACAACCAUGUCUCCAGUCUCAUACGCCACCGACGCUGCCACAAGGAUGUGCCACCAACUGCUGGGGGUCCACCACAGCCCGGGACACCGCUUCCUUCGCUGGGCCUCCCGGUACCCACAGCCAGUGCCACAGCCACCUCCGCUCCUGCUGCAGUGUCCUCCGGCCCUUCAGCUACACCUGCAGCGCCUGCCACCUCCACAGAUGGGAAUGCCACCCCUGCUGCCGCAGCUGGGGUGGCCAUGCCUCCCCCCACCACUACUGGCGGGGAGGGCCCAUUUGCCUGCCCCCUCUGCUGGAAGGUCUUCAAGAAGCCCAGCCACCUCCACCAGCACCAGAUCAUCCACACAGGUGAGAAGCCCUUCUCCUGCUCCGUUUGCAGCAAAAGCUUCAACCGGAGGGAGAGCCUCAAGCGGCACGUGAAAACGCACUCGGCCGACCUGCUGCGCCUGCCUUGUGGCAUCUGUGGCAAGGCCUUCCGCGAUGCCUCCUACCUCCUCAAGCACCAGGCAGCUCAUGCAGGGGCCGGGGCUCCGCGGCCAGUCUACCCUUGCGACUUGUGCGGGAAGACCUACUCAGCUCCCCAGAGCCUGUUGCGGCACAAGGCUGCCCACGCGCCACCUGUGGCCACCGAACCCGCCAAGGAUGGGGCGACCCCAGCCCCGCAGCCACCUCCCACCUUCCCCCCGGGCCCCUACCUCCUACCCGCGGACCCGACCACCACCGACGAGAAAGCCACGGCUGCUGCAGCGGCGGUGGUGUAUGGGGCAGUGCCUGUGCCACUUCUCGGCGCGCAUCCGCUGCUGCUCGGUGGUGCCGGGAACGGCGGCGCUGGUGGUGCGGGCACGGGCGUCCCAGGUAAGACGUUCUGCUGCGGCAUCUGCGGGCGGGCGUUCGGGCGCCGCGAGACCCUGAAGCGCCACGAGCGCAUCCAUACCGGCGAGAAGCCCCACCAGUGCCCAGUGUGCGGGAAGCGCUUCCGCGAGUCCUUCCACCUGAGCAAGCACCAUGUGGUGCACACCCGGGAAAGGCCCUACAAGUGCGAGCUGUGCGGCAAGGUCUUCGGCUACCCGCAGAGUCUCACCCGCCAUCGCCAGGUGCACCGGCUCCAGCUGCCCUGUGCCCUGGCCGGAGCCACAGGCCUCAGCGGGGGCCAGGGGACCACGGGGACCUGUGGACCCGGGGCUGCAGGUGCUUCGGGCGGGCCCGCCGACGGCCUGAGCUACGCCUGCUCGGACUGUGGGGAGCAUUUCCCAGAUCUCUUUCACGUCAUGAGCCACAAAGAAGCCCACAUGUCAGAGAAGCCAUACGGCUGUGACUCCUGUGGCAAGACCUUCGGCUUCAUCGAGAAUCUCAUGUGGCACAAGCUGGUCCACCAGGCUGCCCCGGAGCGUCUUCUGCCGCCAACCCCCAGUGGUCCCCAGUCCUCUGAUAGUUCUAGCGGCGGCACCGACGCAUCCAGCGUGCUGGACAACGGACUGGCCGGAGAGGUGGGGGCGGCGGUGGCAGCGCUGGCCGGCGUGUCUGGGGGCAGCGAGGAUUCGGGUGGGACGACUGUGACUGGAGGGGGUGGCGGGGCCACUUCAGGCGCUGAGCGCUUCAGCUGUGCCACGUGCGGACAAAGCUUCAAGCAUUUCCUGGGCCUGGUGACUCACAAGUAUGUGCACCUGGUGCGCCGGACCCUGGGUUGCGGCCUCUGCGGCCAGAGCUUUGCCGGAGCUUACGAUCUGCUCCUGCACCGCCGAAGCCACCGACAGAAGCGGGGCUUCCGCUGCCCGGUGUGCGGGAAGCGCUUCUGGGAGGCGGCCCUGCUGAUGCGCCACCAGCGCUGUCACACAGAGCAGCGGCCCUACCGGUGCGGCGUGUGCGGCAGAGGCUUCCUGCGUUCCUGGUACCUGCGGCAGCACCGAGUAGUGCACACGGGCGAGCGCGCCUUCAAGUGCGGAGUGUGCGCCAAGCGCUUCGCGCAAUCCUCCAGCCUGGCGGAGCAUCGGCGAUUGCACGCCGUGGCUCGGCCUCAGCGCUGCGGCGCCUGCGGCAAGACCUUCCGCUACCGCUCCAACCUGCUGGAGCACCAGCGGCUGCAUCUGGGCGAGCGCGCCUACCGCUGCGAGCACUGCGGCAAGGGCUUCUUUUACCUGAGCUCGGUGUUGCGCCACCAGCGUGCCCACGAGCCCCCACGGCCCGAGCUGCGCUGUCCGGCCUGUCUCAAGGCCUUUAAGGAUCCUGGCUACUUCCGGAAGCACCUGGCUGCCCAUCAGGGAGGUAGGCCCUUCCGCUGCUCCUCCUGUGGUGAGGGCUUUGCCAACACCUACGGUCUGAAGAAACAUCGCCUGGUGCACAAGGCUGAGGGCCUUGGGGGGCCCGGAACAGGGGGAAGCGCCUUGGCCGGAAAGGAUCCCUGACCAGGGAGUUUUAAUACACCACUCCAAUCAGAUGUUCCCUUCUGGACUCGCCCUCCCCCCUUCCUGGGGCUGCUGGUCAGACUCUCCCCACCACUCCUUACUGUUACCCAUUCUAAAGAACUACAAAUGGACUAGCUUCCUUCCGAUCCCAUGCCCUGCCCUAUAAACUGAAGGUUAAAUUGCUACAAUCCCAGGCCAUUCUGGCCCUUCCUUCUUCGUCCAUCAGACACUGAACUUGAUCCUCCGUCCAGCCUUCUUUUGUAAACCUCAUCUGCUACCCAGCCGCAUUUUGGCUCCUGUGAACUCCGCGGUGAAGAUGGGCCUGAAUUACCCGCUGCCUCCACUUCCUUUGGGAUCUGGCUGGACAGUGGACUAUGAACAGAGUUGAGAGGGCAUAGGUUGGGGGUCUGGGUGCUCUUUGGUUGGGAGGGUGGGGGGAACAGACGCGGCUUGUACAGAGCAGAGAACAAUAAAUCGUAUCAACAGGGCCGCUGGGGUCUGUCCUUGCUGUUGCUGGGGGAUUCUGAUAACUGGAUGGACACACAGCACCUCUGUCUUGUUUCACCUGGGUUGAGUGAGGAUUUGCCAUGUCCCCGGCAUUAGCCUAUGAACUGGGCAAGUGGCGAGAGUGAGACAGGUAAGUCCAUCUCCGGGGAACUGAUUUGAGAUUCCGAGACUCCCCUCCACGAUGCUUUCAGCCAUCAUGACCGAAGUCUCCUGUCUGCCAAGUCCUGGCCUGGGUACUAGGGAAACAUGAAUUGAUUGGACAUGUCAUUCACACUCCAGUAGCUGGGAGAGCACGCCUGUGGAAUUCGCCACCGCCUGCAGACUUUCUGGAGACAGGAUCUAGGCUGGCUAUGGACUUGCUUUGGAGGUAAGGAUAGCCUUGAUUUUUGUUUUGUUUUGGAGACGGGGUGGGUCUCUCUGUAAUCCUUGGCUGUUCCAGAACUCUGUCGACCAGACUGGCCUUGAACUCACAGAAUCCACCCGCCUUUACCUCCCUGGUAUUGACAUUAAAGGUGUGCACCACCACAGCUGGCUAAUCUUGAA